AUGCUCCUCGAGAACGCCGUGGCUCAAGAUGUCCAAGGAGGAUCGUCCCUGCAGAUGUACUGGAGAAUGUUUGAUGGGUUCAUUGUCCAAGAAGACGCGUUGCGUCGACACUAUCUACCGGUCAAUAGAAGCUUACAGAGCAUGGCCAGAAGCUUUUUGACGGUCAAGAACGCAGCUUCUUUUUUUGUUCACGGGCCAGGACGCUUUUUGUCGUCGCAAAGCUUUUGGCAGUUUGUGCGAACGUUCCCCGUCGACUUGCAGUGGGAGAUUUGCCUGGCGCUAGGCGAGAACAAACUUCUGGUUUGUGCUUUGCCCGUCGCCGUGGCAGAGCCAGGCGUGUCUGGCCACUUGGUGCAUCCACCGUUGGAGGAUGUGGAGCUUGCGCUCUUGUCUCUAAGCCUUCCGCUUCGACAACAGCUACUUCACUAUCUAGACUUGUGGGAUUUGGCUCGUGCUGUUUCAACGUGCGCGGAGUUGCAAGAUGUUAUCAUGAACAGCGACUCUUGGAAAUGUGACAGCACGCUUUAUCUACGAAGUUUGCCUUCGCAAAUAUUCUUUGCUGCGUCGCCGACGUACCACUUGAAUCCAACGGCGUACGCGAGUCUGCGCUCCGUGAAUCCACUGCAAGGUCACGCUUGCAUUGUCAUGUCGUGGGGUUGCCAGGUUGACGCACUUGUGAUCGGUGUCACGAACGCAUUCGUUUCCAGAAUGUCAGACGCGGAAGUUCAACACCUUUGCUCUUGUACAAUCACUGCUCCUUUUCAAACAGAAUGCAAAACCUGCAUUAGGUGGACGGCUUCUAAGCAACCGCCAAUAGACGUAUCAUGUCCUUUCCUGGUUGCAGAUCGAUGUGUGCGUGUCUUGGAUCUAGCUUGGCAGCAGCAUUCGCUCAGACUCAAGGUUGAUGGUCGAACGGUGCGUUCUGUCGACAUUUCAUGUGUUGGCUUGCAGCGCGAUGCCUAUGUCUUCCUAUACUCUAUCGGAGAACAAGUGUGCAAGGACAACUUGCAGAUGGCCUUCGCAGAACGCCGACGUGAGCAUGUCAAUGACCUUGCAGGGGGCUCCGAUGCGUUGAAGCCGACAGAUCCUCUGUCGUGUUUGUCGCAGAGUCUCCAAAGGGAAGUCAUUAUCAACAUUGCCACGACACGCGAGCUGCUGUGCUUGCGAGCUUGCAGCAAAUCUGCGUCUGAACUUCUGCGAGAGGAUUCACUGCUGCGAGGCUCCGUAGUCGACUUGCGAGACGCAGGUGCGCAAGCAUUUCGGCCCGGAAGUGCUUUUAGUUUUUUGAUGGCUGUCCUUGCUCAAGCAAAGGUCAUCAAGCUGCAGUAUCGACACAUACAUGCUGUCCCGCCGACUUCAACGUCCAGAGUCCUCCUUGAAUGGUCAGGACACACUUUCCUUCGGCGCGAAAGCGACUUUUGUUCUUGGCGCGCUCUGCAUCCUGUUUAUCAGCGUGCCAGCUUGGACAUUGCAGUGUCUUCAGAUAUUCGCACUUUGGUCCUUGGCAUCAAGAACCUAGUUCGAAACAGUGUUCGCUGGCUUAACGUUUGCAUGGAGUGGAAUGCAACCUAUUUCGCAGUCUUUCUCGACGAUGUCCCACUAUGCCACGUUGACACGUGGAACGAGUGGUUCUCCGUCUGCAACAUUUCUCGAUACAAAAAGAUUGCAAGCCCUGCGAAAGCAACAGCUUUGCAUACCUUCCAGUCCAGGUCCGAAGUGCAUGUAUCCGAACCAGAGUCUGACGAAUGGGACUACAAUGAGCAUGUGCUUCGCGCGAAGAAAGUCUUGGCCAGCACGGAGUUCUCCACUUUUCCAGCCACGCCAGUGCUGACAUGCACGCCUGUGAUUUUUGAUGUGGAGCAUCUCAAAGUACCUCCUAUCUUUGAUCAUCUCAGUAUCUUGCACAGUCAUGAGCGUGAUCAACAUUUGGUCUUCCAAGAGGAAGGGCAUCGCUACUAUUGGAAGAAUGGAAGGAGCAUGCGUCAAGGGAGUAAUUGGCCUCGUGCUGCAUACGUGAAGCCGUAUGCAUCGCUGGAGCUUCUGCAGAUUCUGCAACAAAUUCCCGGCACGGAACAACUGGUCAGUUUGUUGCAACAGCUGCCGCAUGAUCGCGCUGCAGUUGCCAAUCUCGUUCGGUCCAUGAUUUAUUCCGAUGCCGUCUACAACGAACUGGCGGAUAUCGUUUCUAUGACUUCCUCAGAAAUAUGCCACCUUUGGGCGCAAGCACGCCGCGUUGGUGCGGCGCGAGGAACUUGGAUGCAUGCGCAGAUAGAAUGUCUGCUUAAUGGCGGCUGUGUCACUUCUUGCAGCUUGGAGGUAGCAAAGUUUUUGCGGUUUGUCGCUGAGGGCGGAUUCGGGAACACUUCUGCGUUUCGCACCGAAUGGAAGAUAUACGCUUCUGAAGAAUCUCUUGCAGGCUCAAUAGAUUUUGUGGCACGUGCGCCCGAUGGCGCUCUGGUCUUGUUUGACUGGAAGCGUGCUAACAAGUUGUGUGAGAAGCACAACUCGUUCGGCAAGUUCAUGAAGUCGCCCAUGCACCAUGUCCCGGAUGCAUCGCUCUGGCAUUACCGACUGCAACUUAAUCUGUACAAAUUCAUCUUGGAGAGAUAUUACAACCUGCGUGUCGUUGGAAUGCAUAUCGUGUCUUUCCAUCCCGACAGUAGCACAUUUGUUGACAAGGUCCCGGACAUGCAAGCGGAGGCAAAUGCUAUCAUGACAUAUCAGCGAAACCGUUUGGCAAACCAAGCUGGUGAAAAAGAGAGAGAUUUCCGUGGAGGGGCAGCGGCGCCCAGUCAAGCCAGUGAGGCGGACUCCUUCACGCAACGCAUCGAGCAGGAGUUUGAGGAUGCACUUGUACCGUCACCUGAGUGUUGCAGGGUGGAUUCAAGUGGGCGGCGCGACCAUGUCGCCAAAAUUCUUGAGAUUGACGACGCAUUUUUGCUGAACGGUGUUGUUCCAGACCUUCCGCAGUCGCAACAAGGCAGUAUUCUCCAUGACAUCCAAGAAGUUCAAGAACUUGUUGCCGCGCAUUCUGACUCUUCCUCGUGGCCGGAGCCCCUCCAGCAUGUUGUGCAAGGAGCUAUCUCUGUGCAUCGCUUGCGUUUACUGGACAUCUCACGUCGAGAGGAAGUUCUUUUUCUUGAGCUUAUUGAGGGAAGUUCUCGACAUGUGCGAGCUCAUAACGGCCAGUGUUUCUUUCUGAGUGAACAUGGCCACUGGGCCGUGUACAACGGCGUUAUUCCUCAGGGUGUCCUUGCCAGAUGCAAAAAGUUUUUGCUCUUCCUUGAAGGUUUGUACAGACUCCUACCGACUGGAACACUGCGCACCCCGGACUCUAUCAUCCGAGCAGUAUCAGUCUUGUUGCAGGGUCGGAACGACAACGCAGAUUUCCUUCUUCAAGAAUGCGAAAGAGCUGCUAUUUGCGGUAAUCCUCACGCUGCGAAGCGCCGCAAAACAAGGGCGGACGUGGAAAAUGAAAACCGGGAUGAUUCAGAGGAUGAGAACAAGCCAUGGACACAGGCUGGAUUUUGCACUUUAGAUGCCUGCCUGGUCUUUGAGAAAGAGAAAGGCUUGCAGCAAUUGCAGAAGGCCGGCUCGAACAACAUAUACACUUUCCUGCCACACCGGCUGCUGGAUCCGGUGCCUGACGAUGUCAAGCAGCGAGUCCAACAUUUCUGGUACACAACUUAUUGGAACAAUGGAGAAGCCUUUGACUGUUUUAUGUCAGCACUAACUCUAGCUAUUCGAGGAGAAAACGUUGAUCGAGCCUUCUGGGGAAUUGGCUCUGGUGGGGUGGGGCAGAGCCUGCAGACCGCGCACUUGGAAGCAAUUCUCGGGAGUUUUCACGCGUGCUUGGACAUGAAUAUUUAUUAUUCUGACGAGGAGAUGCGCAAGCAGGCUGCGUCACUUCUAGGAAAACUUGUCGUUACUGGCCAGGAGUCGGUGCAAGGCAGCCGUAGAGGCAUGCGUGAGGACGUGUACAAGAAGCACAUGUCGGCAGACAAGCUUCCUGAAAGAUUGCCAUACGCAAUCGAGACACGACUUGUGGAGCUCCGUGGUUGGAAGCGGUUCGAGUUUAACAUGUUGCCGAGGUCACUUGCCUGCAAGUUAGUGGUCACACUGUUUUCUGAACUGUCGACCCACACCUUCAAGCAUGAACCUCACCAGCAAAGGUUCUUUGGCGUCAGCGAAGAGACUUUCAACUCCUUAUUUCGACGAUCGUUAGCUGUGCGCUACAAGGCUUUGUUCUUGGAGUUGAAGGACAUAACGAACCAAGUGAAAGAGCCAGAGAAGAAAGGCAUUUUUCCUAAAGAUCCGACGUUGAAAGACUUUCUGCGAUCGAAACCUGCGUGUCUCGUCACUCUGAGAGCUGUGUGGAAUUACGCUUGCAGACACAGCGCCGCAGACUGCAGAAGCUGCCUGGAGGACUAUGUUGUCGGUAAGAAGGAUGAGGGUCUCACAGAAGCGUGUGUCCGGGAAGCGUGUGGACUCAAACCUCCUGACACGUCAGAAAACCGGGACAGUUCUCGGCUUCCCGGCUCGGUGACGAGCGAUCUACCUGAAACAGACGGCGCAGGCCAGGAAGUAGAUCCAGAAGUCUUACGGCUCUUACAACAACAGGCAGAUGAGAUUGAGGCUUGGAUGAUCGAUGUCAAUAAAGACUGGUGCACGCCUUCCCAGAUAAAAACGGUCAAGGGCAAACAUUUUUGGAAAGCGUUUAGUCGUCAAGAUGCAGAGAACAUUCUCAAAGCGCUGGCUGACAACAAGCUCAUGCUCCAAAGCACUUUGACUCUUCAAAAACAAGGUCUUACCGAGAUCUUUGCGCCGCAAAUCCACACAGAGAAGUCCAUGAAGGAGGUGGUCAAUAUGGAUCAUCACAGCUGCACAGUUUUCCCAGAAGUUUACGACUGUGAGGCAUUGCGCCAACACAUGCUCGAACACAAAGGACGUCUUGCAAAUGACAAAGUUUUGCUGCAAGCCCAUAAAAAAAGGUUGAACGACUUGAAGAAAAGCAAAGCCAGCGGUGCAGGUGCACCUACAAAAGUACAACGUACAGUCCAGGAGAAUCAAGAAAACAUGAUACAGACAAUGGGCGCCCGCCUUCGCAUGGAGCAACAACUUUUCGAUGACAUGCAGAAGUGUGUGGAACAAGAUGUGGAACUAUUAGAGAUGGUUAUGCAGCGUACCUAUUCGUACAAGCUUCAACACCGCUGUCGGCGCAUGGUGGAUGGGUUCGGCGCGCAAAGUUUCUCAAGGGUUUUUCGCAAUAUUGUUUGCAAGAACACACGGGAUUUCGAUUUCCACGCAAGCAUGUUCACCAUCGUGGUUCAGAUGGUUGACAAACUCGGCGUGGCCUAUCAUAAAACACUGAAAGACUUAGCAGCUUGGCGUGCUGUGGCUAAGACUAGAGAGAAGGUUUGCGCAGAGAUCCUGCAGUGCAGCCAGACCAGAGGAAAAGCUCUUCUUCUUCAGGUAGCUUGCGGUCGAGCUCUGUCCUCAGCCGAUGAUAUUUGCGAGACUGGUCAGAAAUUUUUGCAUGAUCUAUCUAAAGAAAGCCGCUGCUUGCGUUGGCUUGCUCGGAGUCAGUGUCCAGAUCUUUACCUGAGCGCGAAAGAUGGUGCUGCCGCUCUAAAGCAAAGCAGUUGGCCAGAAGCAACGGUCUUUGCUUAUUGGUGGAACGCUGCAGAAGACCUUUGUCUGAGCAGCAUCUUGGAUCUAGUUGCAGAUGUUGAGGUGUCGCGCAAGCACAUUUCCUUACACUUCGAUGGUGUUCUACUGUCGACUGAGAUUGUGCAGGCUGUCCAAGAAAAAAACGACAUGAAAAGCUUUCCUCUUGUAGCAGAAGCCGCAAUUUUCGAACGCACUGGCUUUCAGAUCACCAUUACUGAAAAGCGUUUCAGGUCACUGGCGCAAAGGUUGUCGGAGUUAGAAGGCACGUCUCUGCGUGUGGACGCUGCUGAUGAGACAAUGUUGACGCUACUCUCAUCGCCUGGUAACUGCAUACCUUUCGCGUACGCCUGUGUGACACAAGCCUGGCGUUUUGUGGAGGAGGCAUUGCGGACAGUCAACCAAGCGAACACUCGCGCAGAGCAAGGUGGCUACAGAUGCUACAAGGACUGGACAAAAUGCAAUCAGCGCUUCCUUCGGCCAUGCUUUACGCUGCCUUCACUGCCAGGAACGGAUUUUCUUGUGCACGCUAACGUUGGCAGUGCCCCGCAAUGCUUUGGUGCGAAAGUCCUACCAGAUAAGCAACUUCAAGUCUUCCACGAGCGCAAAGUGUACAUGAUGCCUGCUCCUGCCUUGCAGGAAAUUCUUGAUGAGUCUUGCGAAGCAUGCAGCAUUGUCUUUUUCUGUGUCCAAAGUACGGAGCCAACAGCAGUUGCUGGAGAGCAGCAGCUGCUGGAUCUUGUCGCAGGCGCCAGUUCGAAGGAUCGGAUGGAUUCUCAAGCUGGAGCUUCAGGGGCCGGUAGCGAAGCGACCGAAGCCGACGUUCAGGUUGGAAUGCAUCUACGAGAGCUCCUCAAAGAUGAAGUCAAGAACCUCAUUGCGAAAGUUCAACAGAACAAAGGAUCAAGCUUCGGGUCGCAGGUCUGCCCUUUAUGCCCAUGGCGACGCUUCGAUAAAAGAAGUUAUUUGCUGACACAUCUCACAAAACAUCACAGCGAAAGCAAGCGCUUCGUGGCAUCCGGUACGAAGCAGCUUCGCAUUAUUGCUGCCAUGUACGAUGACGAUGCUGCGCGCAAGGCUGUUCAUGGUAACUAUAUUCAACGUGCAGCCGAGCUUCUCAGGUGUCAAGUCAAGCCUGGUUGUUCUUCGAAAAGAAACAUUAUCGACAAGGAGAUACGUAUGUGCUUGAGCGCGAAGGGUCCAUACUUUAUGUCCUUGUCGAAAAUCAAGGCAGCGAAGGAUUUGCGACGCGUUGGCAAUGUAUAUUACAACCAAGGAUUUGCGAAUGAAUUUAUGUGCAACGCCGUGGCCAGCCGCGCGUCCUUUCGACAGAUUGCAGCAGCUUUCACAUCCUCUUCUGCGCGCGACCACGGGGCAUUGUGUUCUAUGUUGCCAGAAGCAAGCCAUUCAUUCUGGUGCAACGUGUUGGAGGACAUAGUCCAAUCACCACAGAUCAAAUCCAGAGUUCAAACGCUUUUACAAGAAUGCGAAGAUCAUACGGAGUUCCAGUACUUGAGCAUUGACGCGCAUUUCAACAGCAGUCAAGACGUGCGUGACGCUGCAGCCAUUACAGAUUCCGAAGCUGCCUACAAACUUCUAACGGUUCGCGGACGAACGAAUGCUGUAGUCGGCCUGUGCGGCGUUCGAUCAGAAGGCUCCCCAGUGAUUUCGACUGCCUUAGCCAGUCUAUUGUCACCGUCCCAACGAGCGCAAGUUAUUCACAUUGCUUCCGAUGCACCGAGCGUCGAGCUUUUAGCGACACUCAAGAAUACGUUUUCGAAUCUACAAUCCCUUGGUUUGGAUGCGAUGCAUAUCGUGAUGGUUUACGAGCAGAACUUCAGCAACAAGAAAACCACAGGCAGCAGAUGGUUAGCUACCGUGAUGAAUAAGUUUCGCAAUAUACAGGCAGGAUGCCCGGCAGCUGCCUGGGGACCUAUGUACACUGGACAGCAGAAGCCUUCUUACACAGCUGAAGAAAAGAGACUGUCGGCGUUGAUUUCUGACGCAAGUAUGCCUGAGGCUGAAGCAGUACACGUGCUGCAGAACUUGGACCCCGACAGUCCUUGGCGAACAGAAGCACAAUUCCUGGAAGCCAUGGCUGCUAUAUGUGCUUUGUUUCAGGACGAACUCACAAAAACCACUUUCUCGGGCCCAACGUUACAUCGUCUUCUGAUUAAUCUUACAUCUCCAGUGAAAAUCCAGUGGCUCUUCAACGACACCCGAUAUCGGCAUGUCUGUUUGCCUUCUCAGACACCGUUGCUGCCUAGCGGUACGACAUCUAAUGAGUCACUUCAUCACGAGCUGAAUAGCUGGUUUCAUGAGAUUGUUUCUCGGUGA